GGCAAGGCCCAGUUACUGCGUUUCCCCUAUUGUUUAAACAAAAUCCAAUUUCCGUCCUCUUCGUUUUGUGGUUCUCAUUUCUCCUCAGAGUGGGACUGCCUCCCAAAGCAAUCUGAUUUGAGGCCUGGAUUUCAUAAAGAGUUUUCCGGAGGAGCGAAUGGCAUUUUUAGCUCAGGCUCCAUCCACAAUGUCAACCAUCAGUAUUCACCGAGUACUCCCCAGAAACCUGAAAUUGCUAAAAUUCACAAAUGUGAUCCAUGUAGUUACUGUCUCUCCUAAUCAUGUUAAACACCCCCGUGUCUGCUGCACAAAUAUAACUCCUUGGGAAUCUUCACCAGUCACACAAGCUCCCACUACCACUGAUGAUGCUGAUUAUAGUUUUUUGAAUAAAACUUCCAAUAUAUUUGAAACUCUGAGUUCUGAAAACUCAGCUGAAGCAACAGCAACAAAUACUGGAGGAGUCACAGAUGCAAGUAAUCAGCCAUUGGUGCAGUUUCAGUUUCUUAAAUGGCCGAUGUGGCUUCUGGGUCCAUCUCUUCUACUCACCACAGGCAUGGUACCCACUUUGUGGCUCCCGCUAUCAUCCAUAUUUCUUGGCCCCAACAUAGCCAGUCUGCUUUCUUUGAUUGGACUUGAUUGCAUUUUCAAUCUUGGUGCAACCCUUUUCCUUCUCAUGGCAGAUUCAUGUGCCCGGCCAAAAAAGCCAACAGAGGCCUUCAAUAGCAAGCCUCCUUUCAGUUACCAAUUCUGGAAUAUGGUUGCAAAUGUGACUGGAUUUAUAAUCCCCUUGAUGAUGCUGUUGGGAUGCCAGAAGGGCCUUGUCCAACCCCAGGUGUCUUUCAUCCCAUUUGCAAUUCUUUUAGGUCCCUACCUACUGCUUCUUUCAGUACAGAUUUUGACCGAGAUGUUGACCUGGCAUUGGCGUUCACCGGUAUGGUUGGUGACCCCAGUUGUGUAUGAGUCUUACCGUGUGUUGCAGUUGAUGAGGGGUUUAAAGCUUGGGGUUGAGCUUAGUGCACCAGCAUGGAUGGUGCAUACCAUUAGGGGUUUAGUAUGUUGGUGGGUGCUGAUUCUUGGUAUUCAACUCAUGAGGGUUGCUUGGUUUGCUGGUUUUGUUAGAGCUCGUCAGCAAAAGUCUUCUGCACCUGCCAAUGGCUAAUGAAUUAUUGUGCUAUCAAAGGAUUAGAUGAAGAAUGGAGGACUCAAAUACAGAUGUGUGAAUAUACUAUCAAAUAAAAUGUAGAUUGGAAUAUAUCUGUUUGUAGUAAUCUUUAAAGACAUCCAUGCUUAUACUGUUAUACAUAUAGACAGUGAGAGAUGAUUGUUACA